AUGAACAUCGUAUAUUGGGUGUUGGUAUGCGCUGGACACAUUGUAUCGUUAUUGAUCUUACAAAACUCGUUUCUGUCCAAAAAGAGUGUCAUCACUGCUAGAAGUUCGUGCAAUGAUGUUUUGGCUGGUUCUAACUGUUGGACUAAACCUUUAUAUAAACGAGCAAUCGUUGUCUUGAUUGACGCUUUAAGGUAAGAUAAUGUCAGAUCAUUUUAUAUUUUAAAAUAUUAUGGUAGUUUCAACUUGUUAAUUCAUUUUAAAAUUUCAAGUUUAUUAUAAUUUAGGUAUGACUUCAUAAACCGUACAAGCGAAGAUGACAAUUUGUUUAUGGAGAACACCAUGCAAACACUGAACAAAGAUCCAGAGCAUGCUCGUUUGUACAAGUUCAUCGCUGAUGCCCCUACUACAACCAUGCAGAGGAUCACAGCCAUGAUGACCGGCUCCUUCCCAGCCUUCAUUGAAGCGGGAGCCAACUUUGCAGCGGCCGAGGUAGAGGAAGAUAACCUACUGUCUCAAAUGAACAAUUCGGCUAAACAUGUCGUAUUUUACGGGGAUGACACGUGGUACGGUUUGUUAUUUUUAUAUUAUUCCUACAUGUUUCUGAAUGUUAUUACACGUGCUUUGUUUAAACGUUUCAGGACUCAGUUAUUCCCAAACUACUUCUCCGAAGCCGUGCCGAUGGACAGCUUCAAUGUCAAGGACUUGGAUGUCGUAGAUAGCGCGGUAAAACGUAUGUAAUUUAUAGCUAAACAUAUUCGGAUUAAUAUUUUAAAAUUUAUUAAAACUUAUUUCCAGCGCUCCUGUUGAACGCUCAAAGACAAUUACUCAAUUCUUCUUUAAUUAUUGGCCAUUUCCUCGGGGUCGAUCACUGUGGCCACAGUUAUGGUCCCAGCCACCCAGAAAUGGUCCGAAAGUUGCGAGAAAUGGACGAUGUGGUCCACGAAUUAGUCACCAACUUGGACGACGAUACUGUACUUCUUGUUUUUGGGGACCACGGAAUGACAACUCACGGUGAUCACGGUGGAGACUCGUUCCUAGAAACGAACGCAGCUCUGUUCAUAUAUUCACCUAAAGGGUUCCACAGUUACUUCAGCGACACGGUCAGACAAAUCGACGUCGUGCCAACCUUGGCUCUGCUACUGGAUGUUCCCAUUCCCUUUUCCAGUUUGGGCAUGGUAAUCAGAGACUUCUUUGAUACGGUAGCUUUACCAUCGAUUGGUUCUAUCAAUGUGCGACAGGUUAUACGAUAUGUAGAUUACUAUAUGCAAGGGAAUUCAGAAGUUGAAGUAAGUUAUUUUAAAACAUCAUCUUAAGAGAGCAUUAAUUAAUAUACGACAGUGAUGUUUUCAGAAGGCGGCUAAAAAGACGAUAAUGUACUACGAGCAAACUAGUGGCACACAAACGGAAAACGCCGAAUUCGAAACGAUCGACGAGCUACGGAAGUUGCUGAUCCACUCCAUGAAUAGAUUCGAUACUGGAGCAGUUAGGACUGGUACAACCUCGUUGUUAGAGUCACUGGUCUUGAACCUGAGUUUGUGUUUCUCUUACCAGUCGUAUGACACUAUACCUUUUGCCAUAUUCCACAGUGCCAUACUCUUACUACGCCUUACAUCGUAUCUUGGAAACCGAGGAGGCGAUCUCAUCCUCAACCUCGCCAUGUAUGCCUCGAUAUGCUACCGUAUUUUUAUUGCGGGAACUGUAGUACCUCGAAAACUGCCUUCAAUUACAUUCAUUAUUCCACUAGUCAUCCACCUUAUUUACUGUUUUCUGCCGUUCUCAAAUAGCUUCAUCAUCUAUGGUGCUGAUUGUGCACGGUAUUUCGCUUCUACUAUGGCGAUCUUUGUAGGAUAUCGAUGCGUAUUACGGGAAAAGUAAGUUAAUAUUACAAUUGAAUAUAUAUUGUCAGGAAACCUAUGAACUACGUCAUGAGCACCUUAAUUAUAUUGAUUGGCAUACGAUUGGGAACUCUGAAUUUGAGAUGUCGGGAAGAGCAUCCAGAAUGUGAAGAAGCUUUCUUCUCCAAACAUAUCACACAAUUGUCUGAUGGUAAGAUCCUUUCUAUCAUUCCUUUGACAAUGUGUUGAGCCAUACAAUUUUGAAUACAUAGUUAAGUUUUCAGAUUAUACAAAAGUUUCACGAAUGAUAAUCAGUGGAAUCGCUCUAACAUUCUUUGCCAAACGACUACAGAGUGGGAACGACAUUGUUCACAUAUUAAAACGGGUGAUGUGCAUCGUUACCUACUUCAACUGGAUGUUCGGGUUUCAACAAGACCAGAAGUUCAAGAACUACGGUUUAUAUUCAGCUCAGAUAGCACUUUUACUGUUUGUCGUAUCUGUUGUGUUGUCCUAUCGCCACGAGAAUAGGCGUAAUCUGGUACCUAGGGUGUUAGACCUGUUCAUUAUCCUACUGUCGGUUCUUGGGGGAGAUGGAAUAUUAGUACAACUAAUCGCUACGAGAGAGUUCCUUAUGGCUUUGAAAGAGAUGUCACCGAAACUAGGUAAUCCCCUAAUAUUAAUCAUCACUCCUAUAACUCUUGCAGAUUCCAUUACAAUUGCAACAUCUUUGUCCCUACUCAGUUGGGUAAUAUUCUACAGCACAGGCCACAAUCCUGUGUUCUCGGACAUUCCAUUCCGAGCAGCUUUUGUAUUCUUCUCAGGCGAAUCCCUUGUGAGGAGUGCCCAAGGCCUGUUCGUGAUAUUACACUUGUUCUGUGGAAGUGUCUUCACCGGAUUAAGCGUCGUCGAUCUUCAGGAGACCCAUAAAUCAGCGGCUCCAAUAUUUGUUCUAGUCUCGACAUUACAGGUAUGUUUAAAAUAAACCAGAAAAAAAAUCACAAUGACAGGCUACUUUAAUAAAUCAAAUUUCAGACCGCGAUCUCAUGCUCGGCCGCCAUUGCCCACCGCAAACACCUGAUGAUGUACAAGGUGUUCGCGCCUCAGUUCCUGUUCUCGGCGGUCGGGUUAAUAAUAAGCAUGUCCGUGAUAAUAUUAUCUCGUGUAUUUUUGAAAUAA